AUGACAAUGCCGUACAUGAAUUCGAUGGCAGAAUGGCCUCGGGCCUUUACCUUAUUGGUGGAGUCGACCAAGGUUAUUCUUGUGAGCGCACUCGCCUACAACGGACGUACAUAUAUUCUGUUGGGAAGAGGCAAUGUCCAUGGCCCUCCAUUGAAUUACCGAUUCACCACAGCCACGCCUCAUCCAAAGUCAAUGGCUUUAUCAACACUUAUUCUGGCGCUAUGCGUCAUUGGGGUACAAGCCGAUGGGAUAGGUCUCAUCGGCUGGGGAAAAACAAUGUAUAAUCCCACCUGCUCCUUCGCCUGUCGCCAAGUCAUUCGAAAACAGCCUCUUUCUUGCACCCCUACCGAGUCGACAGAAAAUCAUGGAACAGCGCAUAAUCCGGUCACGACACCUCCUGAUUGCUUUGUGCAAGAUUCUACCUUUCUAAAGACCAUGGCUCUCUGCAUUGACACAUAUUGCCCCCUUGCAGGAAAUCCUUCAAUAACCUUAAUCCAAGACUACUGGGCAUCGCAUCUUGGAACAGGAACUAUUGGGGAUUAUCAAUAUGUUCCUGCUAUGUCGUAUGAGGAUGCGUUGGCUAAAGCUAAAGAUGAAGAAUCCAAGGCCUCCCACAACACCACCUCCAGUUCUAGUCACAAUACCAGUGGCCACCACAUGAAGAGGAAUCCAUUGCUGCGACGUCACGGUGGUCAUGACACUUCUUCACCUGAAGGCCUUAGCACGUUCAACGUCUCCAGCUCUCUGCCUAUCACGGCUGGUGGAAGCAAUCCCCUCAAUGAGACCAGCUUCGUUGGACCGAGCGACUGGCAGCUCCAGUACAACUACCUCUAUGACUUCGAGACCAACGAGGCAGGCCACACAACAAUGACCCUCAUCAUUAUAUUUGUGGGCGUAUUUCUACCUACCGUCCUUUCGCUUCUCAGGUUCAUCCCUGGUCUGACCCAGAGUCGAGGAUGGACUUACUGGCAGUCAUUUCUGGUCUAUCCAGCAGCGUUUGGUCGACAACACCGCAAGCCCAAUAUUGCUGGCAAUGUUCCCAACCGGGGGCAAGCACUCUAUAUUCUCCUCAUCAGCAUUCUCAACAUCAUCCUCUGGCUCGGACCAUAUACUAUCCAUCAACCACAAGCCAGCUUUUCAUCACUCAAGAUGCAAACAAUUAGUAUUGUCGGCAACCGUGCUGGCGACAUGGCCAUGGGCAAUGUUGUGGUUUUGUUUCUCUUUUCAACACGGAACAACAUUCUUCUUUAUAUUACGGACUGGAGUCAUAGUACCUAUCUUCUGCUACACAGAUGGCUUGGAUACUGGGCCAUUUUCCACACAAUCGUACACUCAGCUAUGCUUCUGGCAAAUUAUGUCAUCCAAGGAACGUACGAAGAAGAGCUGGUGCGUGAGUACUGGAUAUGGGGUAUUGUAGGGACUGUAGCAGUCUGUGCGAUCCUCCCCUGCUCUCUCCUGCCAGUCAGACAAAAGGUAUACGAGUUCUUCCUGGGCUCGCAUAUUGUACUCGCUCUCAUCUUCAUUAUUGGAUACUACUAUCACAUUUGGUACCUUUAUAAGUACAACUGGGGUUACGAGAUUUUUGCAUUCGUGGCUGGAGGCAUUUGGGGCCUGGAGCAUGUUAUCCGUCUUGCUAGCAUGGCCUGGCAAGGUAGUCGAACGGCAACCAUCUCGGCUAUUGCAGAUGUCGAUGGAGAGUAUAUUCGCAUUGAAAUCGAUGGGAAGCCUCUCAAGGACGGUGUUGCGUAUCUCGCGUUUCCGACGAUUUCAUGGCGCUUCUGGGAAACUCACCCCUUUUCUGUCGCAUGUUCUGGCGCUUUGGCUAGUGAGGGUAGCUCAAAACCCUCGGCAAACGGCCACGAGGGAAAGGGUUUGGUGGUAUCGCAAAAUUCCAAGAUAGACGCUGAGAAGGCUGUUGGCGUCGAUGAGAGAACUACAGUUAUUAGCGCAACCGAGGGAAGUUCAACAGUCUUUUAUGCUCGCGUCCGUACAGGCAUAACUAAGAACCUUGCAUCGCGAGUGUCUGGACCGCAAUCUCAAACAAUUCAACUUCGCGUGGUAGUUGAAGGACCCUAUCAUCAUUCUGGCCAUAUUUCACCACAACUGUCGCAGUGCAAGGAUAUCUUGUGUAUCGCAGGAGGCGUAGGCAUCACAGCUUGUCUCCCAUAUGUCCGACAAGGUGCUUCAGGCGACACAAAACUCUUCUGGUCGAGUCGGAAGAAGGGUCUCAUUACGGCUUUGGCGCCGGUACUUGCUGAUCUGCCGAGGAGUGUACAAGUCGAAACGGCUGUAGGGGAGCGUUUGGACCUCAUGGGCAUCUUGACGCGAGAGUUAAUAGGGUCGAAUUCGAGCGAGGAUGGUGCCCUGGCAAUUGUUGUGUGCGGACCUCCUGGUAUGUCGGAUGAAGUUCGUAACGAUAUUGUUGAGAUUGUGAGGAGUAACCCACUAUGUCGCGCCUAUGUUCUCUUGGAUGAAGCCUUUUCGUGGUAG